AUGAAUUCUCACGAGACCGACGACCCUUUCGCAAACCCCAUCGACACAGAGAACCGAGCCAAAGGUGAAAAAAUCGAUAUAAAAGCUCGAGUUGUACUCCUGGACAGAGAGGGCAAUGCGGUUGGAGAUUGCGAUAACAACGAAGAGGCCCCAGCCGUCGUUCUGCACUUCUUUUUCCACAAUGACCCGUAUGAGAACCGCAUCGAUGUUCGAAUCGCACAUCGUCGGGAGAAAGGUUCAAAGAAACGGGCACCUGAUGCAGAGUUGAAUGAACAUAGUAGUCUAGGGUCGAAUAGAUUUGGGAAGCGAAUCGAUUUCAUUUCCCAAAAAUCGAAUAAAUUCAUGAAACGAACAGAUUCAGGAACCGAAUAA